CAUUUUUCGAGCAUGCGGGGCGCGUUCUGUCCGAAAGAGAGCGCGUGAGAAUCUGCGUUCGUUGUAAGUUUGUGUGCGUGCAGGAGCGCGGGCUUGCUUACUUACUUGUGUUCUGCUCCUAAAUAUAAGAAAAUAUCCACAGAGCCGGUUACAGGAGAACGACCUCCUUCUGCCUCGAGGAGUUUGCAACACAUCCCUCGAUUCUCACUGAAAACUCUCGUCGUGAUCAGUGAAAUCAUGUCUGCCUCAGCGGCUAAAGUCAGUAAAAAGGAACUGAACUCGAACCACGACGGAGCGGACGAGACCUCGGAAAAAGAGCAACAAGAAGCCAUCGAGCACAUUGAUGAAGUACAGAAUGAAAUUGACAGAUUAAAUGAGCAAGCCAGUGAAGAAAUUCUCAAAGUCGAACAGAAAUACAACAAACUCCGCCAGCCGUUCUUCCAGAAGAGAUCAGAACUCAUAGCCAAAAUACCAAACUUCUGGGUCACAACAUUCGUCAACCAUCCACAAGUCUCAGCUCUUCUCGGCGAGGAGGAUGAGGAAGCACUGCAUUAUCUGACCAGGGUAGAGGUCACAGAGUUUGAAGACAUCAAAUCAGGCUACAGAAUAGAUUUUUAUUUUGAUGAAAACAUGUAUUUUGAGAACAAAGUCCUCUCCAAAGAAAUUCACCUGAAUGAAAGCGGAGACCCCACCUCUAAAUCAACCGAGAUCAAAUGGAAGCCGGGAAAGGACCUCACAAGCCGGUCCAGUCAGACACCGAGUAAAGCUGGAAAGAAGAGACAACAUGAAGAACCAGAGAGUUUCUUCACCUGGUUUACAGACCAUGCAGAUUCAGGGGCGGACGAAUUGGGAGAAGUUAUCAAAGACGACAUCUGGCCGAAUCCUCUACAGUACUACUUGGUCCCAGACAUGGAUGAUGAGGAAGGUGAGGGUGAGGAUGAGGAGGAAGAUGAGGAAGGGCUGGAUGAUAUUGAUGAAGAGGGUGAAGAUGACGGAGAGGAAGAGGAUGAUGAUGGAGAGGAUGAUGAAGGUGAGGAUGACUAAAGCUGGAAUGCAAGAAAAUUAUCAUCCCAGUCCCAAGCUUCUUUGGCUUUUCUUUGGGGAGCAGGAUGCUUCUUCAGAUAGUUUUUUGGUUUUGAGCUCCAUCUAUUCCUCUGUCCUGAACAUGCCAUGUUGAAGUUCCCCGAACAGACUCAAUAAACUGACUGCAAAAUCCUGCCGACGUGGCGUUUACCAUCUCAAUUCCCAAUGCAUUUCGAGGUAAAAAGCAAAACACUGUAGUAUCGGCAGCAUCCAUCUGGUGUAGACUUGCGAAUAGUUUUCUUUUUGUUUUUUAUAAAUAUAUGUAUGUACAAAUAUGUAUAAUUUUCUUCCUGUUAAAGUUUUGUGUGGUUAAUUGAACAGAAGCCAUGGUGGGCAGUGAUAUGCUAGCUCUAGCACUCUCUGGGGUUUCAUUACUUUAUUCUUCAUAUUUAAACCCUUCAUGGAUUAAUCAGCGGGUAGAAAUCUGUCGUGUUAUCCUCUUGUACCGUAUCUGUUCAGGGGGGCUGAGGAGAGAGGGUGUAUGUGGCACCAUUGAGGAGUUUUUGAUUUUUAUCUCGUCUUGUUUUACAGACAUCCACCAGAUUUGAAAUGACAUUUUUGAUAAAGAAAAUAAAAUUCUCAAAAAACAGUA